AGUGCUUCCUAGUACUCUGACUACUCUUUGCUCGGCACCUCAAUCACUUCACUCAACUCGACCAAGAAGGAGUAGGAGCGUCUUCUGCGUCCAACUCUCCCUCCUUCCCUCUCCGACUCCUCCACCGUGACUCCUAUCAUUGAUUGAACAUCUUCACUUGUUCUUUUACUUGAGAUGCCCUCAGAACUGAAACCCCCAAAUCGAAACCAGGCUGCCUCUUGUUUUGGUCCGCCUUCAUUGUUUGGAUUUGGAUUUUUCAGCGGGCUUGGUUUUCUCUUGGGAAGUCAGUAUGUUUGAUGUGAAUGAUGGUUUCUGGAUUAUCGACUAGGUUGUUGAACAUAUGCAUAGCUUCGUUUUGUAAGUCCCGGCUACUGGAGAGAGCAGAAGCCGUUAUAAUUGAUGGCAUAAGAUUGGGGGUGAUUCCAGAUGUGGUAACUUACAAUACUUUGCUCAAUGCCUAUUCUCGGUUUGUUAGCUUGGAUUCAGCUUAUUCUGUUGUUCAUAGAAUGAAAGAGGCUGGGAUUAGUCCAGAUGUCAUUACAUACAAUUCUUUGUUAUCUGGGGCCACCAGGAAUUGCCUAUUAUCACAAUCUCUGGAUCUGUUUGAGGAAAUGUUACAAGCGGGCAUACAUCCUAAUGUAUGGAGUUACAAUAUUCUGAUGCAUUGUUUCUUUAAGUUAGGAAAACCUGAUGAAGCCAACAGAGUUUUUCAGGAUAUUUUACUUCGCAAUCUCACUCCCCACCCAGCUACGUUUAACAUAAUGAUUAAUGGCCUUUGUAAAAAUGAAUACAUUGAUAAUGCCCUUAUGUUAUUUAGGAAUUUGCAACGUCAUGGAUUUGUUCCCCGAUUAGUGACGUACAAUAUUCUUAUCCACGGGCUAUGCAAGGCACGCAGAUUGGGGCAAGCAAGAAAAAUGCUAAAGGAACUGGGGGAAUCAGGUUAUGAGCCAAAUGCCAUAACCUACACUACAGUUAUGAAAUGCUGCUUUAAGUUUAAGCAGUAUGACGAAGCGCUCGAGAUUAUGUCAGAGAUGAAGAGUAAAGGGUAUACUUUUGAUGGCUUUGCAAACUGCACAGUUGUUGCUGCUUUAGUUAAGACUGGGAGGAUAGAAGAGGCAAAUGCUUGCAUGGAACAGACAAUGAGAAAUGGCAUUGAACUUGAUUUAGCGGCUUAUAACACUUUACUUAAUAUGUAUUGUAGAGAAGGUAAGUUUGAAGCUGCCUAUAAGUUGAUGGAUGAAAUAGAGAAUGGAGGUCUGCGGUGUGACAAGUAUACCCACACAAUUAUAAUUGAUGGAUUGUGCAAGGCUGGUAAUAUUAUCGGGGCUGAACAACAUUUACAAUAUAUGAAAAUGAUUGGCUUCCGUGAAAACUUGGUUGCCUUCAACUGCAUGAUUGAUGGCUUGUGUAAAGCUGGUCAAAUCGAUCGUGCAAUGGACUUGUAUAAAUCAAUGGAGACUAAAGAUUCCUUUACCUACACCUCUUUGGUGCACAAUCUUUGCAAGGCUGGAAGGUUCCGUUGUGCGUCCAAGCUUAUGAUGAAAUGUUUAAGAGAUGGCAAGAAAAUACUCAAGGCUACCCAACGAGCUGUCCUUGAUGGUCUUCAUAGUACGGGGUAUACAGAUGAAGCAAGGAAGCUUCGGUGGAAAAUUCAAGUGGCUAGAAUAUUACGUUAAAAACUGGCCGUGCUUUUGCUGCUGAAAAUUAGUUUCAUCAUAUUUGCAUUCGCAUUUUGGACAGCACCAUUUAAAAUCCCUCUUUUAGUCAUAUUCCGUAAACAUAAGUUGUUUUGGGUGGUAAGCUUGUUCUACCCAGCACUGAUUGUUAAUGGUGAAGAGUAAUAUGGAAUCUGAAUGUAAGGCGACUAACUACCCUGCCACUGCCUUGCAUUGCUAAUCUGACAGUGGUUCUGCCGGUGUGCAUAACAGAAAGACACUACUUGUAGCAAAUACACUACUUCCCAUAUUCAUGUAUGACUGGAAACAUUUCUCAAAUUCAUCUGUCAGUCAUGCUGGUUCUUCACUUGAUGGACCCACUGGUAACCGGUUAGCAUUAUUGAGAGCAGUUUAUUUAGAACUCAGGACAACUACUAACUACUCCUGAGAGGUAAACUUGUGUAUUACAGCCUACUUUUCGUGUAAGUGAUUUUUGACCUCAAAUUUUGAUAAUUUGGUUUCUUAGAUACAUUUAAUGGUUGUACGACAGAGGAAUAAGAGAGCUUUGAUUCUCAGACAGAGAAAAAGGAUGGUUUACUAUACAAUGUAUGCAUCCAAAAGUUAAGAAUUGCAAACUCUUGCAUGUUUUAUAAAAGAACAAUUCUGAGGGAACCCUUGAUUCUCUUUCAUAUUUGUUGGUCUAUUUCUUAACCUGUAACAGCAAUGAUGUUUUACAAUUCUUCAAGGUCUGAGAUAUUAUAUUUUAAAUAAUAUACUUUGUAAGCAAAGUACUCCAAAUUUUUACUAUAAAAGGUUGAUUGUUUACUUUUGUUUAUAUAUGUCUUCCUAUAUCUUUACAUUCUUAAUAUGCUGAUAAAGAAAUGUUAGAUCAAUAUUUGAUUUUGUUCCUUUCAUUUUAAAGGAGUUUUUAUGAUUGAGAGGCCUCAUUUAUUUCGUGCUUCUGUGUGCGUGCUUAUAACUUGGGUCAGAACUCAGAAGGAGAUGCAUUGACAAAAUAAAUAGUUUUCAAAGAGCAUGGGAUAGAAACUAAGAUGUAUCAUAAUGUGCGCGGAGGUCCGGAUUUUAAGCUCAGCAAUUCAAUUCACGUAUGUCAUUAUGCAGAUGUAGUGGUCUAAACCAAACCAAGGUGACAGAGUAAGUAAAAGAAGGAAAGAAAAAGACAGAAAUAUGAAUUGCUGGUUUACUUCAUAUUACUGUAUUUUAUGUCUUUAAAAAUAUUGCCUGUAGCUCCAAAGAGGAUGUUUACUCGUUCGGCAUAAAGGGUUUCUUUCCUUGAUAUCCUGGAUCUGUUUAGGUGAUCUAGUUUACUGAAAUUAAAUUCCCAAAAUUUCAGUCUAGCGAAUAAGAAUAUUAGAUAACUGCAUAAAACAUCUGUCCUGGUCCUAAAUAAAAUUUUGUAUAUGACUGCACAAACAGCAAUUCGAGAAAGGCUCAUACUCUAUCAGAAUAAAGCUGUUUGAAUUAUUCGAACAAUAAACAAAAAUCAUACAAAAAUAUAGGGGAAAGAUUGAAAUGUAUCGAGAAGAGAUAACAGAGCUGGUUUUAUGAGCUGGGACAGCGAAACAAAAAACCAGCUGCUCAACUUCUUUGGGCUGGAACAGAGAAAGGAGAGAAGGAUUGAGGUAUGUAGGUGGGAGGCUGAUUCAUGUCUGCUGGAAGGAGAAAUAGGAUAUCGAAGAGGUUGAUGGGGGAUUAGGCUUCUCUGUUGGGUGGGAGGAGAAGAAGAUGGUGAGGCCUUAAGCGAAUACACACAAUGGCGGUAGUUUUUGUUUAAAAGAAAAAACAUUAUCUAACAGAUGACACAAAUCCUUAUGUUAAAAGUAAGCAAUCACCAAUGACCAAAAGGUGCCAUUGCCGCUAAGACUUUUGAAAGCAAAAGUAGGUUUACUGGUCAUCUUUCUUCUGGGGCUUUCGAUGUUUCUCCCAUUCUUGGCACCACUGCAAAAUGGUUUGAGUCUUGCGCCGCCAAAUCUUGGAAUAAGCAUUCCUCGCUAAACAAUCAUAUGCCAGGGGAAUAUUCGGCCUUGCCCCAAAGUGCAACUAGCCGACUUUGAAAACACUGAUGAACAUGGUAUUUUUUGAUUCUUGCCUCAUUGUUUUUUCUUAUUUCUUUGUAACAUGUUCAUUGAUUUAUCAUGUACCACUGUUAUGAAGAAUGACGAAGGUGGUAACUCUGUAUUCACUGUGCUUCUCGAGGGUAUAGUAACAGUAUAUUGGAUGAUAUUGAAGGAGCAGUGGAUGGCAGAGUGAACACAGACAAGGCAACAACUGCUAGUGUAUGUAUACUGUUCUUGGAGCUGCAGCUACUGAAUUGAGUGAGCUAGGAGAGUAAAGGAGUUAUAUUUUACAGAAACGGAACAUUGUCAUUUUCAGGCAGUGUGCAUUGGAUGGCUGUGUUUCACAUUCAGAUUGGACCAGUAUACUGUAGCAAAAUUUGCCGAAAGCUUUGACACUAUGCCUAAAUUUCUUGAGAAAAUUGCUGGGCUUAAUGCAACGGAGACCAUAUCUUCUAUAUGUGCUGAACAUGCAUCAGGAAAUACCAAAGUUUGCCUUGACUAAGUAGGCUGUUCCUUGUCUUGUAGCAGUUGAUGCUUUUGUAUGAGAGUUUCCAUUGCAUUGUAUGUUGUUAGAGCUGUGAUGCUUUUAUGUGAUAUUGGUUCUGAAGAUUAUUUCUUGUGCAUUAAAUUUUGGUCUAGGAUUUGUCUGUAUGUUGUUACGCUGUGGUGUGUGCUUGCUGGUAAAUGAUUCUUGAAGUGUCGGUGGUAA